ACCGCAAAUAAUACAACGGCUAUAAUUUCAGAGGAUAGGCACCUGCAGCUGCAAGUAUUUUCCUUCGUUUAUUGCAAUGGCCAACCAAUGAACCAAGCAGUAACUAAUCCUAACAGACCAUUUUUUUUUUGGGCUUAAUAUAAGACACCCACCCUCUAAAGCCCAAAUUUCUGCCACGUAUACCCAACAAAUGGCCACCACUCAACUUUCGCUCCAAAUCCUCCGCCCAAUCCCCCCUGCCUGCGUUACUUCCCGGCAACUCAGCAACAACUUCCGGACCAGAAACUUAGCCGUUAGUACCGGUCGGAGCUCCAAGUGGGCUCUCAGGUUGAGUCUGGUGGAGCAGAGCCCGCAAGCAGAAUCCACUGCGGUUAAUGUCGAGCAGUUGGUGGAUCUCUUGUAUGACGAUCUUCCACAUCUUUUUGAUGAUCAGGGCAUUGAUCAAACGGCAUACGAUGACCAUGUGAAGUUUAGGGAUCCUAUCACCAAACAUGAUAGUAUAAGUGGUUACCUCUUUAACAUUUCUCUUUUGAAGGUUAUAUUCAGGCCUCAAUUUUUCUUGCACUGGGUUAAACAGACAGGACCUUUUGAGAUAACAACUAGAUGGACUAUGGUGAUGAAGUUCAUGCUGCUUCCAUGGAAACCGGAAUUGGUCUUUACAGGAACUUCUGUCAUGGGCAUUAACCCAGAGAAUGGGAAAUUUUGUAGCCAUUUGGACUUUUGGGAUUCCAUAAAGAACAAUGAGUAUUUUUCACUUGAAGGUUUAUGGGAUGUUUUUAAGCAGUUGAAAAUUUACAAGACUCCUGACUUGGAAACACCCAAAUAUCAGAUACUAAAAAGGACUUCAAGUUAUGAGGUAAGAGAGUAUGCCCCAUUCAUUGUGGUAGAAACAAGAGGAGACAAGUUGUCUGGGUCAUCUGGUUUCAAUGAUGUUGCUGGGUAUAUCUUUGGAAAGAAUUCUACAAUGGAAAAAAUACCGAUGACAACACCUGUCUUCACUCAGGCAAAUGAUUCUGAGCUAUCAAAAGUUUCCAUCCAAAUAGUUCUUCCAUUUGAAAAAGAAUUAAACAGUUUACCAGAUCCUAAUCAAGAGAAACUUAGCUUGAGGAAAGUGGAAGGAGGCACUGCUGCAGUACUAAAGUUCAGUGGAAAACCAACUGAAGAUAUUGUCCGCGAGAAAGAGAAAGAACUGCGCUCAAGUCUUGUCAAAGAUGGUCUUAAACCGAAGAUAGGCUGUUUGCUUGCCCGCUAUAAUGAUCCAGGCCGAACGUGGAGCUUUACAAUGAGGAAUGAAGUGCUAAUAUGGCUGGAAGAGUUCUCACUGGAAUAAAGUCGUUAUCGCAAGUUCGCAUCCAUUGUUGAUCAUUCUUCCUCAAAGAAGUUACAGAGGAUGUGCUUCCACCAAAUUGUAAACAAAGAAAAUUGUAGACGAGGUAAAAACUGUCAUUUAGUACAAAUAUAAACUGGUUACGAGGUAAUACUGCUUUUGACAUUUCUACAAACACGACAGAAGUCUGCAAAGAAAUUCAUGUAAUUAUAAUGAAUGUCCAAUAUCGCUGACACACAAUGUCGUUUUGUUUUGAUUG